CAGACGGCUGAGAUCAAUGAUUGGGAUCGGAUCGGGCAUCUCGGAACAGGCAAUGUCUGGGCGGUUUUGCUCAGGAACCACAUACUGGCUUGGUGGCUCCUGUACGCAAGUCACCAGCUCUUGCACAAUCGAUGUGGUUGGUGGCUGGUCUAUUCAUCGAUAACCAUGUGGACUGAGACGGGACUGAGACAAAGACAACUUCAUCUUGCUUACUGCAUCCUCUUUCUUCAAGAGAGCACAACCACCAAGGAGAGCAAGACCAGGAUCAGCAAAGAAACAUCCAAGAAAUCCAAUGGCUGACGAGUCAUGGAGGCUGCCGAGUUCAGUGCAGCAACUGGCUGCCAGCAUACAGGAGCCACCAAGGCAGUACUUGCUCAGAGAGCAAGAACCGCUUGGUGGGAACCUGGCUGGUACCGAGAUGCCGGAGCCCAUUCCAACAAUCGAUCUCGGCUUGCUGUCCGCAUCCAACGAUGCGGAGGAGGCCGCCAAGCUGCGGUCAGCGCUGCAGACCUGGGGAUUCUUCAAGGUUUCUGACCAUGGAAUGGAGACCUCUCUCAUGGAUUCUGUGAUGAACGCAUCAAGGGAUUUUUUCCGCCUGCCGCUCGAAGAGAAGAGAAAGUACAGUAACAUAAUAGGCGGGAAACAUUUCCAGAUGGAAGGGUAUGGAACUGACCAGGUGAAAACUCAAGAUCAAAGGCUGGACUGGUCCGAUCGGCUGCAUCUUAAAGUGGAGCCAGAGGAUGAGAGAAACCUUGCCCAUUGGCCCAUACAUCCAAAAUCUUUCAGGGAUGACCUGCAUGAGUACACAUCGAAGAGCAAGAGAAUCAAAGACGACAUCCUUCGGGCAGUGGCCAAGCUAUUGGAGCUCGAUGAAGAUUGCCUAGUUAACCAGUUUAGCAACAGGGCUCUCACUUAUGCUAGAUUCAAUUACUAUCCUCCAUGUCCAAGACCUGAUCUUGUCUUGGGCAUCAAACCUCAUUCUGAUGUCUAUGCUCUUACAGUUCUUCUAAUGGACAAGGAUGUCGCUGGGCUGCAGUUUCUCAGAGAUGGAACGUGGUACAAUGUUCCAUCUGCGUCUAACUACACCUUACUGAUCAACGUUGGUGUUACAAUGGAGAUAAUGACCAACGGGAUCUUCAAGGGACCAGUACAUAGGGUUGUGACUAAUUCUGAGAAAGAGAGGAUGUCAGUGGCCGUGUUCUAUGGUCUGGAUCCUGAAAGAGAGAUUGGACCGAUAGCUCAGAUGUUGACUGAGGACCAACCGGCGCGAUACAGGGAAAUGAAGGUCAAGGAUUUCCUAGUCGCGCACCUUGAGCAUUUCUCUCGAGGAGAAAGAGUUGUCGAUUCGUUAAGGAUAUGAUCAAGGUGAGUUUGGUUUGGUGCCGCAAUACCCAUGGAAUAAAGAAUUUGUGACUUGCCGAUUCGUUAAGGAUAUAAAACAAGGUGACUUUACUUCUAUAAGGCGAUGAAUCUGGUGAAAAUAAAGAAUUUGAUCCUAUUUAUGUUGCAUUUUGGGUUAAUUUGUUCUGUGGUAGAUGUGGCUGUAUGGACACCUUUGUAUUCUCUUAGCUCAAGUGUCUCCUCCCUUUCUCCACAACUCA